CACCUGUUAUCUUGGAAACGGAAGCGUCGUCGCCAUUUGCAAUCUCGAGGAACAAACAUGGAGGAAGAACUCGAUCAAAACAAGCAACAUGGCAUUAUUGUUAUGACAGAGACAGAUAACUUUAAAUUAAAAGGAAGACCAUGUGAACUGUCGGCAUUUUCAUUUGUACCAACAGAAAGACACGAUCCACCACAGAGAACAGUGUAUAAUUCGCGAAAACCAGUGAUGAUAAACAAAGAGGAGAAUCCCAACAGUACAUACGACAGGUUAUUUAGAAAACAGAUUGGUUAUAACAAUAAAUUACACAGAGAUGACAGGGAGCAUGCUAAAUCUAGGGGACUUAUUGUCAAUGAAGAGGAAAAGAUUAAGCCUGUACCAACCUUAUCCUCAUCUAUUUAUGGACAUGACCUUGAAACCGAAUUAGAUCCACCAGAUAGGAAACAUGUACGAAUAGCUCAUGUUAAAGCCGAAUUUUACAGACGUAACGGAACUGGGGCUUCAUGAUUUUGUUUUAUUUUAAAAUGUUGAUUUUUAUACAUAUUAUUAUCAAAUGAACUAUUCCGAGUGACUCAGACUUCAGUGAAUUUCUUUUUUUUAAAAAAGGUAUGAAUGACAAGAAAAUUUAAUUAAACAAAAUAUUUAUAUUAUCAAUCGGUUUU